UUAAAAUUUCAGAUGUCGGAUUUUAAAGAUGGCGGAACAGGUCGAGGACGAGGGACGAAAAGAAAACUUGAAAACACUGGUCCGGGCGGGAAGAAAACUAAAGGAGAACUAGCUUGUCCACCUCUACCACCGAACGGAUAUCCUAAAGAGCAUCCGUUUAACCGGGAUGGAUACAGAUAUGUUCUGGCGGAACCUGACCCACAUGCUCCCUGUAGACAGGAGUUUGAUGAGAGUCAAGAUAUGGCUGGGAAACCUAUUCCCCCCUUCCUCUGUCGAGUUGUUACACCAGAAUCAGUUCUCUUGGCUCUGCAGGACCGAGCUCCUCAGCUUACAGUAUCCGAUGAUAGAUUAUGGUUAACUGGGGCUAAAUUCUACUGUACAGCUAGAGCUACACACGGAGUUAAAAAAGGGAAAUGGUAUUUUGAGGUCCGUGUUGCGGAUUUACCUGAAGGAACGGCUGUAAGGAUAGGUUGGGCGCAGAAGAACGGAAAUCUUCAAGCUCCACUUGGAUUUGACAAGUUCGGAUAUUCCUGUAGGAGUAGGAAGGGAACCAAGUUCCAUGAUAGUAUUGGAAAACAUUACUCGGACGGAUACGGGCAGGGGGACGUGGUUGGUUGUCUCCUGGAGAUGCCGGAGACUAAAGGAAUUGAUUACCUACCUCCAACCUGCAAGGAUAAACCCCUGAUAAAGUUUAAAUCCCACCUGUACUACGAGGAAAAGGACGAGAUGCAGGAGAACUUGAAGGCCCUGAAGCCCCUGGAGGGAUCCAAGAUUUCCUAUUUCUUGAACGGGAAGAGCCUAGGGGUGGCGUUCACGGAUAUUUACAGGGGUGAAUACUACCCGGCCGCCGGGCUCUUUAAACAGGCGCAUAUUAAAUUCAAUUUCGGACCGAGGUUCAAGUUUCCGCCGCAGGGAGCGCCUAAGUUUAAAGCCAUGAGUGAGCGAGUGCGUGAACUAGAAGUGGAACAGACAAUGUCGGAUAUGCGAUUUUUCAGCGACAAGGAAGGGUUAAAAAUUGAUAGUUAUGCAUUUUAAAACAUUAGAAACAAUAUUGAUGAAACAAUGUUGAUAUCUUUUUAUGUAAAAAGUUUACAAGGCAUACUACAAAGCCUAACUUCACUGACUGUUCUGUUGUAAUUAAAGAAUAAUGUUAAAUAUUACUCACGAGAAGAACUAAGAUAUUGUUAGUUCAUAUAAUUAUAUUUCAGA